AUGUCGCUGCGCGAGUCCGCGGCGGCGAACGAGGAGGACGGCGGCCGGCUCAUGGACGAGCUCCAGUGGAAGCCCGCCGUGCUCAAGCUCGAGGAGGCGGCGCGCGACCUCGAGUCCUACCACGAGCCCCUCAACAAGAGCCGCCUCGAGGCGAAGAUCGGGCGCUGCUACGUCGAGCUCCGGGACUACGGCGCGGCCCACGGUCGCUUCGAGAAGCAGCUCGAGUGCGCCCUGCAGCACGACGCGACGACGGGCACGGAGCGCGACGAGGGCCGCUGCGUCGCGCACCACAACCUCGGCCACGCGCUCUUCCUCCUCGGCUCGCACGCCAAGGCGCUGGACCAGCUCGACGAGGCGGCGAAUCUCCUCGACGAGCUCGAGAUGCCGGAGCAGAAGGGCCGCACGGCGUCCCUCGCCGGCGUCAUCCACCAGAUGAACAACCGCCUCGAGGCGGCCAUAGCGAAGCACCAGACGGACCACGACGCGUCGCUCAAGCUCGCGCGGCAGAACGAGAACGAGCGGGGCGGCCCCGGGGCCACGGGCGUCAUCCGCGCGCGCCACAACAUCGGCGCGUGCCUCCUGCGCCUCGGGAAGCACGCGCACGCGCGCGAGGAGUUCGACGCGUGCGCCGCGGCGCUCGACGGGCUCCAGGUCGACGAGCUCGAGGCGCUCCACAAGGGCGCCACGAAGAAGUUCGCCCUCGCCAAGGCCUUCUACCACGGCGCCAUCGCGACGGACCUCGAGCUCGACGGCGGGUCCCUGGACCGCCUCGAGCGCGCCGCGAAGCUCGCGCCCGACCGCGCGCGAAACGACCGGCGGCACGGCCCCGUCCGGCGCAACUUCAAAACGCUCGAGCUCGGCCACAUCGACGUGCCCGACCCGCCGAUCACGAUCCAGGAGAACGCGGCGCUCCCGGACGAGCACGCGGCGGCCUGGCCCGGCCGCCCCGAGGACGCCAUCUUGGGGGCGCUGGUCCAGAUCGCGCUCGCGCGCUACGCGCUGCGCCUCGCGAAGCAGUUCGGCAUCGACCGGGGCAGGAAAAGAGGGCGAAAUUCCCAACUUCAAAGGCUCCUAUCUCGGCCGUUUUCCACUCGCAUCGACGGCAAGGACUUCGGGCAGAUCUACGUGCGCCUCGGCAACGCGAACCGCUACGCGCACGUCGCGAAGCGCAAGUUGGACGUCAUCGCCAACACGACCGUGACGCUCGUGACCCACACCUGCGACGUGACGCGGGGCUACGCGCAGGCCAUCGCGGGCGACCUCAAGGCCGCGGCGAUCUCCUUCGUCGACGGCCUGGGGACGCUCGUCGACGGCGAGAACCGGGGCUCCUUCGGCGCCAUGACCAAGGGCGCCGACGCGACCUUUGGCUGCGACUGCGACGGCCCGCCGGAUCUCGUGCCCUUCACGAACGGCUACGGCGGCGCGGUCCGCGCGGAGGCGCUCGCGACGCUCAAGCACUCCGCGGCGAAGAGCCGCGGCGUCGUCAUCCGCCAGGGCAUCGGCCUCGGCGCGCUCUACGCCUGCGCGGCGCUCCACGCGCCGGACAAGGAGAAGGACAAGAUCGCGCCCGCGAACACGCACGGCCCGAGCGCCAAGGCCGUCCGGUCCGCGUUCGACCUCCUCCAGUCCGCGUGCGAGGUCGGCGACUUGAUGGAGUCGUCCGUGGCCUUCGGGCAGCGGGGCUGCUGCCGCCAGCUCAUGGGGUCGAAGAAGGAGGCCAUCGCGGACUUUGAGCGCCAGUUGAGCCAGGCGCAGUCGCACGAGGGCGCGGCGACCGGCUCCGAGUUCUCCGUCGCGCGGCUCCAGAUGUCGGCGCUCCGCAACAUCGGCGACUGCAACGAGGCCAUCGGCGACGCGGCCAUCGCCCUCAAGUACGCGCGGGCCCACGUGAACAUGGGCGAGCGCGACACGGACCGGACGGUCGUCGCCGACUCCCGGAAGCGGCUCAUCUCCGCGUACGCGCAGCUCGCGAACCAGUACACGGCGGAGGAGGAGGACUUCCUCCAGGUCGAGCAGCAGGAGGUUCUGGACCUGGAGCGCCUGAGGAACCUCCACCCGGACCAGCUCGACCGCUUCGAGGAGUCGCCCUACUGGAUCGCCGCGAACGCGCGGAACCUCGCGCGACUCCAGCUCGAGAAGUACCGCGACGCGGUCAACGUCCACUUCGCCAAGCCCGAGACGCCGACGAACAACCACGGGGGCGCCAGCCCGACGCGCUUCCCCGAGCUCAAGAACCAGGCGUCGAUACCACUUUACGCCGUCGGCUCCCUGGAGAUGGCGCAGGCGGUCGCCGCCUUCGUCUUCCCUCGGCGCGAACGCGAGACCGUGCUGAUCCGGAGCGACUCGAACUGCGGCACGACGGAACCGGUCACGGUGAACGGGAUCGAGACGUCGUACCGAGUUGUGGAACUCUUCCCUGGCAUCUCUUGUUUGACCGUUGGGCGCUUCCGCGCGCGCUUCGUCGUGGACCUCGCGGCCGCGCCGGUGCCGUACGCGGCGAGCGACUUCGCGACGUUGAGCGACGUCGUAUCCUCGGAGAACACGCUGGCGUACAUCGUCCAGGGCGCCCGGAGCCGGAGCCUCGAAGUCCACGACGGCAGCAGCGGCAGCUGCGUCGUCCGCGGGACCGUCUGCAAGUGGGAGGGCCUCGUCCGGACGUUCGCGCAGGCCGCGUCCUCGGAGACCUUCGACUCCAAGGUCGCGGCGCGGCGCGCGUUCCUCGACGGCCGGUCCGCGGACGAGUGGGUCGUGCUCGUGCCGGAGGACCCGCGGCUCAAGAAGCUCUUCACCGAAAACAAGUACGAGGGCUUCCAAGGCCUCUCGGAAUGGCGCGUCUGGGACGAGGCCCGGCGCGCGUACGCGCGGAUCCAGCAGCGCAUCUCGGGCGCCCUCGCGGAGCGGCGGGACCAGAAGCGCGAGCGGAAGGAGCGCGCCAAGUGCGAGCUCCGCGACGAGGAGGACGACGCGAAGCGCCGCGCGUCGACCGUCGACGCGCGAGACCGCGACGCGACGCCGCUCGUGCUCCAGCUCGUCGUGCCCUUCGGCGGCAUGGGCUUCCUCGCGGCGCUCGCGGUCGCGUCGCGCCAGAGCCUGACGCUCGUCGCCGUCGAGGCGCUGGAGCGCGAGCGGCGCGUGCCCUACGGGGACCUGCGCAUGGGCCACGAGAGCUCCUACCAAAAGACGCUCUUCGCGGCGACGGACCCCCCGGAUCUCUGGCGCGAGGCGCGAGACGCGGCCGCCGCGGCGUCGCUCGCCAAGGACGUCUCGACGUUCGGCGCCGCCUUUGCGGAUGAGUUCGGAUCGCAAGUACAGCUCGGCUGGACGCGGUACACGGAGCGCAAGUACGCGGCCCACGCGCGCGUCGUCGCCAAUCCGCCUCCCCCCCGGACGCCCCUGUGGCAGCGCGUCCUCGUGGGUCCGAGCUCGCUCGACCACGGCGAGUCCUGGCAGAAGCGGCUCUACGCGUCCUCGUACCCGCGGCUCGCGCUCGCGACGCCGGUCGGCGAGUGGUGGACGCGCGCCCGCGUGGACGCCCUCGCGACCGCGCUCCACGGGAAGACGACGAGCUUGACCGCCCUCGUGGAUUCAUUCGUCGAAGCGCAAUUCGCGGAUGCGCCGUCGAAGUGCUCGGCCAAGGAGAAGGCCGAGGCAGCGGCCGCCGUCGCCGCGGCGAAGAAGGCCGCGCGCCGGGACGCCAAGUGGGCCGCGAACGCGCUCGUCUCCUGGCGUUCUCGGGCGGCCCUGGGCGGCGAGGAUUGGCGCGUGCCCCACUACGUCGUCAACGACGGCUGCCGCGUCGCCGUCGCGCCCGGCCGCCGCGACCUCACCGUCGAGGGCCGCGUCGACGCGCCGCCGCGGCACCCGUCCGAGCUCGUCCCCAGCGGCCAGACCCUCCUCACGUCCUUCUUCGCGAAGCCCCGGGGCUGAGCGACGGCGUCUGACAUACAGUUAGUCCCUACGCGU